AUGGACAAUUACACUAGAUUAGAGAAGGUCGGCGAAGGCACUUACGGUGUCGUUUACAAAGCAAAGAACGUAAAUGACGGUAGAAUCGUCGCUUUGAAGAAAAUCCGCUUGGAAGCCGAAGAUGAGGGCGUUCCUUCGACAGCUAUUCGCGAAAUUUCACUUUUGAAAGAGCUCAGAGAUGAUAAUAUCGUUCGUUUAUUUGAUAUUAUUCACUCAGAUGCAAAGCUCUACCUCGUUUUCGAAUUCUUGGACUUGGAUUUGAAGAAAUACAUGGAUAAUGUUGGCCAGAAGAAGGACGGCCUUGGCCCAGAUAUCGUCAAAAAGUUCACUUACCAGUUGAUUAAGGGGACUUAUUUCUGUCACGCCCACAGAAUCUUGCACAGAGACUUAAAGCCUCAAAACUUACUCAUCGAUAAGGAAGGUAACUUGAAAUUGGCCGAUUUCGGUUUAGCAAGGGCUUUCGGUAUCCCUCUGCGCACUUAUACUCAUGAAGUUGUCACCCUUUGGUAUAGAGCUCCUGAGGUCUUGCUCGGUUCAAGACACUACUCUACUGCAAUCGAUAUGUGGUCCGUUGGUUGCAUUUUCGCUGAAAUGGUCAUGCGUCAACCUCUCUUUCCUGGUGAUUCAGAGAUUGAUGAAAUAUUCAAGAUAUUUCGAGUUCUCGGUACCCCAAAUGAAGAAAUCUGGCCCGGUGUCAAAUCUUUACCUGAUUACAAAACUACUUUCCCACAAUGGUCACGUGUAGACCUUUACAAGGCAGUACCAGGCUUGGAACCUGAAGGUAUUGACCUUCUCUCGCAACUUCUUAUUUACGACCCAGCACAUAGAUUAUCAGCCAAGAGAGCUUUAAACCAUCCUUACUUUGAAUUUUCAAAUGAGACGGAUAUACCAUCGAUUACGGCAUCUAUAGCAGAAACAGCACAACAACGCGCUGCUCAAAAAGCUAAGACAGCCUCACAAGCAUCUUUAGCAGCUGUCAAAGCGUAG